GGUGGACACUGUUCUCCCUGCAUGACCUCUGUGGUCCUGAAAUGAUGAUCCCAGCAGAAUAAACGCUGGGAUUCUGACCAAGGUUACAGAGGCUGGGAGUGCAUCGGCUCCUCUCUGGCCUGGGUUGGAACCAACUCCCUCUCCCCCAGGGACUUAGCAAGCGUGUGCUGGCUGUGCUAUUGACUGGGGUAAAGACUGAAGCCCUGGGGGAAUUGGAGGCUCCUGCGUGUGCUCUUGAUGCUGCCAAGCAGAAGCCUUGAGAUUCAGAGCCCAGCAUGGUUUCUGGGCACAUAGUAGGAUGACUUGUACAGACUCCAAGUAACAAAAGCUUUCCCGACACCACAGAAUCGCCCAGAAUCAUCUCGCAGUCCUGAACGUCCAGGCACACAGUAGGGGAGCUCUAGCCAGUCUCCUGUCAUCAGCAUAAUACGUUCAUAUCUACAAUAUGGCAAAUUCAUAUCCUCCCUCACUGAAUUAUUGAUGGACAGUGCACUUUAAAAAAAAUCAAUAGACCAGGGUGUGGAGCUGGAGUUAAAAGAAGCCUUUAGAAGUCUGCUCUUCUUGUUUUUUGCUGUUUUGCAUAGGAGCAGAUAAAGCUUUCCUCUCUGGUUUGAAUAAGUCAAGCCCAGGGCUAGGUUGGCUGUGAUUGGCCAGAGCUAGGAAAAUGUGGUUAUGAUGCAAACACAAGCAAAUAUAACCCAGUGUCUGUGCUGUGCGGCCAUUGCUGAAACAGGCUUCAGGACGGGCUGCUUUGGGAUACCUCAUCAGUACUUCACCUGCUGCUUUGCCGGACGUUGGAGGACAGAGGGUCAGGAAGACAGACACUAUGUCUCUGAGCAGUGCCUUCAGGGCUGUGAGCAACGACCCCGGGAUCAUCACAUGGAGAAUUGAGAAAAUGGAGCUGGCGCUGGUGCCCCUGAGUGCUCACGGCAACUUCUACGAGGGAGACUGCUACAUCGUCCUCUCGACCCGGAGAGUGGGCAGCCUUCUCUCCCAGAACAUCCACUUUUGGAUCGGGAAGGACUCCUCCCAGGACGAGCAGAGCUGCGCGGCCAUCUAUACCACACAGCUGGAUGACUACCUGGGAGGCAGCCCGGUGCAGCACCGUGAGGUCCAGUACCACGAGUCCGACAUCUUCCGUGGCUACUUCAAGCAGGGCAUCAUCUAUAAAAAGGGGGGUGUAGCCUCUGGGAUGAAGCACGUGGAGACCAACACCUAUGAUGUGAAGAGGCUGCUACAUGUAAAGGGGAAAAGAAACAUCCAAGCCACGGAGGUGGAAAUGAGCUGGGACAGCUUUAACCGAGGCGAUGUCUUCCUGCUGGACCUUGGGAUGGUCAUCAUCCAGUGGAAUGGCCCGGAGAGCAACAGUGGGGAACGUCUCAAGGCUAUGCUUCUGGCAAAGGACAUUCGGGACAGGGAGCGAGGGGGCCGUGCUGAAAUCGGGGUGAUUGAGGGAGACAAGGAGGCGGCCAGCCCAGGGCUGAUGACAGUCCUCCAGGGUACCCUUGGCCGACGCUCCAUGAUCAAGCCUGCAGUUCCUGAUGAGAUCAUGGACCAGCAACAGAAAUCAAAUAUCAUGUUAUAUCAUGUCUCCGACACAGCUGGGCAGCUGUCAGUCACAGAGGUGGCAACAAGGCCCCUGGUCCAGGACCUACUGAACCACGAUGACUGCUACAUCCUGGACCAAAGUGGCACCAAGAUCUACGUGUGGAAAGGCAAAGGAGCCACCAAGGUUGAGAAACAGGCGGCCAUGUCCAAAGCCCUGGAUUUCAUCAAGAUGAAGGGAUACCCCAGCAGCACCAACGUGGAGACCGUCAACGAUGGCGCAGAGUCGGCCAUGUUCAAACAGUUGUUCCAGAAAUGGUCGGUGAAGGACCAGACCACGGGCUUGGGGAAAACAUUCAGCACUGGUAAAAUCGCUAAGAUCUUCCAGGACAAGUUCGAUGUGACUCUGCUACACACCAAGCCAGAAGUGGCUGCACAGGAGAGGAUGGUGGACGACGGCAAAGGCCAGGUUGAGGUCUGGAGAAUUGAGAACCUGGAGCUGGUCCCUGUGGAAUACCAGUGGCAUGGCUUCUUCUACGGGGGAGACUGCUAUCUGGUUCUCUACACGUAUGAAUUGAACGGGAAACCCCAUUACAUCUUGUACAUCUGGCAGGGCCGCCACGCAUCCCAGGAUGAGCUGGCAGCCUCAGCCUAUCAGGCGGUGGAGGUGGAUCAGCAGUUUGAUGGAGCCCCUGUGCAGGUCCGGGUUAGCAUGGGGAAGGAGCCACGCCACUUCAUGGCCAUCUUCAAAGGAAAGCUGGUUAUCUACGAGGGAGGGACUUCCAGGAAGGGAAACGAGGAGCCUGACCCUCCAGUAAGGCUCUUCCAGAUCCACGGGAACGACAAAUCCAACACCAAAGCAGUGGAGGUCUCAGCCUCUGCUUCCUCGCUCAACUCCAACGACGUCUUUCUGCUGCGGACUCAGGCAGAGCACUACCUGUGGUACGGCAAGGGGUCUAGUGGGGACGAGCGGGCAAUGGCUAAGGAGCUGGUCGACCUUCUCUGUGAUGGCAAUGCGGACACUGUGGCUGAGGGCCAGGAGCCACCUGAGUUCUGGGACCUUCUGGGAGGAAAAACAGCCUACGCUAACGACAAAAGGCUGCAGCAAGAAACCCUGGACGUCCAGGUCCGGCUCUUUGAGUGUUCCAAUAAGACUGGCCGCUUCCUUGUCACGGAGGUCACGGACUUCACCCAGGAAGACCUGAGCCCAGAUGAUGUGAUGCUUCUGGACACCUGGGACCAGGUGUUCUUGUGGAUAGGAGCGGAGGCCAAUGCCACGGAGAAGAAGGGGGCCCUCUCGACGGCCCAGGAGUACCUGGUCACACACCCUAGUGGCCGAGACCCCGACACACCGAUCCUGAUCAUCAAACAGGGCUUUGAGCCCCCCUCCUUCACAGGCUGGUUCCUGGCAUGGGACCCUCACAUUUGGAGCGAAGGAAAAUCAUAUGAGCAACUAAAGAAUGAGCUGGGAGAUGAGACUGCCAUUGUGCGAAUCACCGCUGACAUGAAGAACGCGACACUCUACCUGAAUCCUAGUGACGGUGAGCCAAAGUACUACCCGGUGGAAGUUCUGCUGAAAGGUCAGAACCAGGAGCUGCCUGAGGAUGUGGACCCCGCCAAAAAGGAGAACUACCUCUCGGAACAAGACUUUGUAUCUGUGUUUGGCAUCACGAGAGGGAAGUUUGAUGCUCUGCCUGGCUGGAAACAGAUCCAGCUGAAGAAAGAAAGGGGCCUUUUCUAGAGCAAGGCGUGUGUCUGCUGCCCGGCCACAGGAGAGAGCAAACUUGCAGUGCCAACAUCAGCAAAGAGUUCACCUACCAACUGAGCCCGACAUGCGGCUGCUUUAGAUAAGACCCAUCUCAGGAUGGCGGAUUGUCUUUUGAAGUCAUCCUUGCAUUUCUUGGUUGCUAUCCAUUAGAUGCUGACUGCUUGCCUUUUGGCUUUUGUGUUUUUUUUAGCUGAAGCUGUAGCAGAGAGCGUGAAGGCAGAAAGAGCUAGAAACUAAGCUUAAAGUAUUUAAUUCAUCAGGACCCACAUCUGCUUCCAACUACACCCUGCAAUCCCCAAAGCACUAGAGUUACCACACACUCCCUGCAGGCCGGGAUCAAAAUGCCCAGGUCUACC